AUGACUAACGGUGCUGUCGGAGAUCACGGCAAAGUGAGAAGAGGGAGCAGCGAAGAGAAGCUGAAAAGCGACCCAACGUGGACUGAAGUUGUCACAGGAGCCACAUCUGGAAUAGGUAAAGCUUAUGCCUUAGAGUUGGCACAAAGAGGCCUGAAUGUCGUUUUAGUGAGCAGAUGUGACGAGAAGCUUCGACAGGUGGCCAAAGAGAUUGAGGGUCAGUAUGGACAAAAAACUUGCACCAUUCGAGUGGACUUCACACACAAACACAACAUUUAUCCUUUCAUUGCCAAACAACUACAAGACAUGGACAUCGGAAUACUAGUAAACAACGUGGCAAUGUCCUACUCUGAUGAUUUCGCCUCAUUCCUCGAAAUUCCAAAUGCUGAGCAGAAAAUCACUGAGGUCAUCAACUGUAACACACUUUCUGUGGCUCAGACCACAAGGUUAGUUCUUCCUGGCAUGCUUAAAAAAAACAAAGGCUUGAUCAUAAAUAUUUCCUCCCAAGUGGGGAUCCAUGCACAGCCUUUGUUGGCCCUUUACUCCGCUACUAAGGCGUUUGUGAUUUAUUUCUCCCAGUGUCUGCAUGCUGAGUACAAGUCAAAGGGGAUUACUGUGCAGUGUGUUAUGCCCUUCCUGGUGUCCACCAACAUGAACAAAAUGAAAAGCAGCUGCUGGGUGAAGAGUGCAGCGUCUUACGCCCGAGAGGCCUUGAACACAGUCGGCUACUCCAACUACACCAGUGGUUGUCUUGUACACGCAAUGCAGAGUUUUGCUUUUGGACUUCUUAUGCCCGACUGGCUCCGCUUGUCCUCGGCCUUUGUGGCAAAGUUGCACCAUGCUGCUCAGAAGAGAAAAGCCCACAGAGGAGCGGGCAAGGAUGAUUGUACACUGGAAGGAAUGGAGGACUAA